CGCUAGAGAGAAACAUGUAUCGUUUCCGCUCGCAGCUCUUCACGGGGAUUUCUGCUGCCGCCGCCGCCACCUCUCACCCGCGCCGCUCCUCGCCUCUCUUGUUAGCCCGAGACUCGCCUCUCAGCCGCCCGCCGCACAGACGAACGAGUAGACAGUGCAGCUCCAUCGGCUGA